AUGGCAACCCCCGCCACCACCAUCACGAGCAGCAACAACAACAACACUCUCAUCACCACCCCGCGCCUGCACCUCAUCCCCCCGGACCCGGACUCGGCCGCCCACGCCGACUUCAUCGUGCACCUGUACAACACGCCCGAGUUCAUCGCCUCGAUCGGCGGGAAGCCGACGAGCAUCACCACGCGCGACGCCGCGCGGGCGUACAUCCGCAACCGCUUCGUCGCGGAGCACGCGCGCAACGGGUACGGGACGUACCUGGUCGUCCUCCGCCUCCCUGUCCCGAGGCCCGGCGAGUCCAUCGGCAAUCAUCCUGGCCCUGACAUCGGCACCAGCACCGGCACCAACACCACUGGCGGUGGGAGUGAAGCAGAAGCAGCAGCAAACGCAGUGGGAGGAGGAGAAGAUAAUGCGUUGUCGCCAGGAGCAGCGGAAGCAGGAAAGAUAGUCGGCACGGUCUCCCUGUCCCGCGGGCCUCCCGGGUCCGGCUACGCCGCGCCGGAUCUGGGGUUCGCCGUGCUCCCCGAGUUCUGCCGGCAGGGCAUCGCGACGGAGGCGUCCCGGGGUUUACUUGCCUGGUGGUCCUCGUCGUCGUCAUCGCGGGGAUCAGCGGUGCAGCGGCAGGAGGGGGACAAGGGAGGUGCCAACUCCAAGGGCGGCGGCGGGGAGGUCGUGCUGGGACUUCAUGACCCGGGCAAUCUUGCGAGUGCGGCUGUUCUCAAGGGUCUGGGGUUUGAGAAAAAGGGGCUGAGGAGGUUGAGUUUCUUUGGGGGUGUGGUUGGGAUGGUGUGGACUAUGAGGGUGGGCGGCGGUGGUGGUAGUGAUGGGACGGUGAGCGAGGAUGAGGUCAGGGCGCUGGGGCUGCCUGGUGAGGAGGAGGUGGUGGCGCAGGAGGGUGCUGGUGCGGUGGUGUGA